UAAAAAAUAAAAAGUUUCUCCCUUUACACAGUUUUACGCCACUCACAAAACCAAAACCAAAAUCCUCUAAAUUAAGCUCAUUUUUCAUCUUCUCCAUCUUCACAAAAACAGAAUUUCCAAACCCUAAUCACCAUCUUUUCUCAUUUCUAAUCCCCACCCUGAAAAAUUCAACCAAAACCCACAUCAAAAAUCUCUCAAUUCCCAUCAAAUUUUCAAUCUUUAUGGCAACAAAAAAUCCAACCGCCCCAAACCAACCCCUUCUCUUAGGCCGUUACGAGAUCGGCAAGCUUCUCGGCCACGGAACUUUCGCAAAAGUUUACCACGCCCGCAAUGUAAAAACAAACGAAAGCGUAGCAAUCAAAGUAAUCGACAAAGAAAAAAUUUUAAAAGGCGGUUUAAUCGCCCACAUCAAGCGAGAAAUUUCAAUUCUGAGACGCGUUCGUCACCCGAAUAUAGUUCAGUUAUUCGAAGUUAUGGCUACCAAGGCCAAGAUUUACUUUGUUAUGGAAUAUGUCAGGGGCGGUGAGCUGUUUAACAAAGUUGCUAAAGGUAGAUUAAAAGAAGAAGUUGCGAGAAAAUAUUUUCAGCAAUUGGUAUCGGCGGUUUCCUUUUGUCACGCUAGGGGCGUUUUUCACCGCGAUUUGAAGCCGGAGAAUCUACUGCUGGAUGAGAAUGGGGACUUGAAGGUUUCGGAUUUUGGAUUGAGUGCUGUGUCUGAUCAGAUUCGACAGGACGGGUUGUUUCAUACUUUUUGCGGGACGCCGGCUUAUGUUGCCCCCGAGGUUCUUGCUCGAAAAGGGUAUGAUGCUGCUAAGGUUGAUAUUUGGUCCUGUGGUGUAAUUUUGUUUGUUUUAAUGGCUGGUUAUUUACCUUUUCAUGAUCAGAAUAUUAUGGUUAUGUAUAAGAAGAUUUAUAAGGGUGAUUUUAGAUGUCCUAGAUGGUUUUCUCACGAGUUAGUUAGGCUUUUAACUAAGCUUUUGGAUAUAAACCCUGAAACUAGGAUAGCUAUUCCUGAUGUUAUGGAGAAUAAGUGGUUUAAAAAAGGGUUUAAGCAUAUUAAGUUUUAUAUUGAGGAUGAUAAAUUCUUUAGCUUUGAUGAUAUUGAGAAUGGUGGUGGUCAGCAAUUGGAUAAAGAUGACACUGGUUCGUGUUCCGAUCAGUCUUUGUCAGAAUCGGAUUCCGAAUGGGAAACUAGACGAAGGGUUAAUACUUCAUUGCCUAGACCUGCUAGUUUAAAUGCUUUUGAUAUUAUUUCGUUUUCGCCCGGGUUUGAUUUGUCCGGGUUGUUUGAGGAAGGUGGGGAUGGAGCUAGAUUUGUUUCGGGAGCUCCUGUGUCUAAAAUUAUAUCGAAGUUGGAGGAGAUUGCGAAAGUUGUAAGCUUUGCAGUGAGGAAAAAGGAUUGUAGAGUGAGUUUGGAGGGGUCCAGGGAAGGUGUUAAAGGCCCGUUAACUAUUGCAGCUGAGAUAUUCGAGUUAACUCCGAAAUUGGUGGUGGUUGAGGUAAAGAAGAAAGGAGGCGAUAGAGGUGAAUAUGAGGAGUUUUGUAACAAUGAACUGAAACCUGGAUUGCAAAAAUUAAUGCAGGAAGAAUCUGAAGCUUCCGAUAUUGCAGAUAUUGCAGCAUCUUUACCGGUAACGUUGGACUCUUCACUUCUAGCUCUGGAUUCUUCAGAGUUACCUAUCGACCCUCUACUUGUUCCUACAAAUUUACCUUCGGAUACUGAAUAGAGAGAGAGAGGGAGAAAAGAAAAUGUUCCCUCUCUUCAGCUGAGGUGGUCGUUUCAUACGAUAUAACUCCAACAACAAACAAAAAUGAACUUUUGGAACUUCGUCAACUUUUCCGUAAGAGUGCUCUGAAAUAAUGGGAGUUCGAAUCCAUACAUGUAAAAGACUUACUGAUGAAGCUGUUGCGCUUCAUCUUUUCAACUAGGGAAUUAUUGACCUACCUGUCCUUCAUGAUCGACGCAAAAUUAAUUGAUAGUUGAUAACUUGUUAUGCAAUUUGUGAAACAUAAAUUACCUAAGGUGCAUUUCCUAUUUAUUUAAUGGAUGUUCAUGCGA